AUGCCUGCCAGCCCGUGCUGCCCUGACGGCCCGAAGCCAGUCGCUCCGCCAGAGGGGUACGUGGCUAGCGGUCGCGAGAUUUCGGUCGGGGAUUGUACGUGCUACGAGGUUGGCCAAGCCAGUGGCGGGCCAGCGGUUCUGUUGGUCUCCGAUGUUUUCGGUUGGCACAGCGGGCGCACUCGUCAGAUAUGCGAUAGGGUUGCAGACGCCGGCUUCCACGUCCUGCUGCCGAAUUUCUUCGAGUGCGACGGGUGGGACCAUUCCAAGCCGCUCAUGGGUUACGCCACGGCACGGUGGCGUACUUCCUGA